CCAGCUUCGCCUUUUGUAGGGGGCGCUAUGUGUUAAAUUUUUGCGAAAGAACCCAUUUAAAGAGUGAUUAAAUUUAUGGUUGAUACCAGCAAAAUGCCUAAUAUGACUUGGUGCAGGUGCAGCAAGGACGUGUGAGCAUUGGAAGAAACAGUGGCGGUGGCAAACCCGCCUCCAAGCCAUCCCGGGGCCCCCCUGGGGCAUGAACGGGGAAGGCAAGAGCAUGGACAACUACCGUGGUUCUGUGCAGACGUGGAACCCACCAGUGACCAUCAAGCAAGAACCAGAGUAUGACCUGUACGGAGAGACCGCACAGAGUAAUCACAAUCAUCGUAUGCAGCAUGCGCACCAGCAGCACCACCCUUCAUCACAUCAUUCACGCUCGGAGUUUGUAAGCUUGCCAUACUUCCAGCAGCAACAGCAGCAGUACAUGAUGCCUGCAGAAAAUGGCUGCCACUACCACAUGACUGAGGUGGGCCGGCCAGGGGAAGAGGAAGAAGACAGUCUGAGCACACCCAAAAAACGCGGCCGUAAGAAGAAAAUUAAGGUUGAAGACCAAGAUCUGCCAUUGAGUCUCGAAGCUUCUUUUCCUGUGAUACGGAAACGUGGUCGGCCACGGAAGUACCCCAUUCCCGAUGGGCUUGACAAUGUGGAGGAUGGCCGUCGCCCUCUGAAGCAGGAGAAGAUAACUGAUUCAUUCAAGCAGAGAAAGCGCAUUGACCGCUUUGAGGGCAUGCCCGAGGAAGAGGUGGCCAAGCGCACCCUGCCGGACCAUUUGGUGCCCAACCUGGACAUUGUCAUUAUUGGCAUCAACCCUGGCCUCUUUGCUGCUUUUAAAGGUCACCACUAUGCUGGUCCUGGAAACCAUUUCUGGCGGUGCCUGUUUUUGGCUGGCCUCAUUCCUGAGCCAAUGAGUGCUGUAGAUGACUUCAAACUCAUCCACUAUGGAAUUGGCUUUACCAACAUCGUCGCCCGCACGACGCGAAGCAGUGCCGACUUAUCCAGGAAAGAAAUUAAGGAAGGUGCCGAGAUACUCCUGGACAAGCUAAAAAUAUUUCAACCACGCAUAGCAGUAUUCAAUGGCAAAGGCAUCUAUGAAAUUUUUUCUGGGAACAAGAAUUUUGUGUUUGGGCGACAGCCAGAGCCAAUUGAAGGGACCAAUGUGUCUGUGUUUGUGAUGCCAUCAUCGAGUGCCCGGUGUGCCCAAUUGCCCAGAGCUGUGGACAAGCUGCCAUUUUAUGUUGCACUGAAGAAGUUGCGUGACCACCUGCGAGGGAGUCUGCCCAUGCUGCACCCGUCUGAGGUUACAUUUCCAGACGUUAAGCUCAAGGUGGAGGCAAAAGAGGAGCCAUGUGACGAUGAUGACGCUUCGGACCCUUUCUCUACAGAAGGCACAGAUGAUGGGAGCUCGGGAUACGACGGCAACAACACAUUUCACGUGCAGAUGAAGGAAGAGCCUGGUGACCACUCUGUUCCUGGGAGCUACCAGCCCGAUCAGGCUAAAAGGCGAGGCCGAAGAAAAAAACCGAGACAGCUUUGCAAUCCGAUUACAGCGUUGCAAGGACGGCCGUCGGGAUGCAGCCCCCCCAAUCAUCAGUGCUCACGGAGCAGCAACACCUCCAUCAUCACACAGGCCAGUUGCCCAAUAACCAGAUGGCAUCCGAGCAGCCAAUGCAUUCCCAACAGGACAUGCCACAGCCGCAGAUGGACUACCACAGCAACUACUACAAUGCACAUUGCAAUCAGCAGCCGUACUACCAGCAGGAUGGCUUCCCCGAUCAGGCUUCGUCAUACAGUCAGUGGAACAGCGGGGCCCCCCCUGCAGCAGCAGCUCGAGUACCCGUGCCAGCAACCGGCUGAGUCCAGCCCCCCGGGCUCCAACUGGGCCUACCCGUCGACCUAUUCAGAGGACCUUUGCCGUGCGGCCGAUUUCCCGUCCUGGCUCAAGCAGGAACCACUAGACUCGUGUGACACUGAGGGCAGCUACUGCUAAAGGCUCAGGUCAAGGAGACACCAAAGCUAAGAAAGGAGCCAGGCGUUGGAGCCACCACCAGUGUCUCCCUUGUGUGUUCAUCCCGUACCUGCAUUCAGCAAGUCCUGUAGCAACCCUGAUAUGCUUUUCUCUAAAGCUCUGUUAGAGACAGCAAAGCAGGUUGUGACAUCACCCUCAACAAACCAGUAUGUGCCAGGUUUGCAUUUUGGGAGGAUGCUUCUGUGCAAAGGUUGCUUGUGGGAAUAAAAGGAUUAUCUCAACAAUUUAAUGAAAGCACAGUUGGCAUGAAUGCAGUUUAAUACAUUCUUGGUUACUCGAGCGGAAGCGUGCAGAAAAGGGCUGAAAUGCCGUCAUGGUCUUUUGGGAUCAACAUGUGCCACUUAUUAAGCCAGCACUAAUCAAUCAAUGGAGUCAUUUUGUAAGAGUUACAAUGUUAAUACAGUCGAAUAUCGUUGUAAAGAGACACUGAUUUAAGAGACAAAUGGCAUAAGAGACACCAGUGUGCCUACAGCAAAAUUAUGGUUGAUAAAAAAAUGCCUACGUAAUGCUCUGCUUAUAAGAGAUGAUCUCAUAUAAGAGAAAAAAAUUUCUGCCCGUAACAUGCCUCUUAUAAAGGGGUUUAACCGUAGUCUGUGUAUGCAGCUGGCUGGUACUUGCUGACAAUCUGUACUAAUCCUUUAAUGUAUCAACCAUAUAUAUUACUGGCACAUAUUUCUUGAGGGUUUUAUAUCUAAAUCAUAAAGCAGUUUACUUCUACUGAGAGUUUUUGAUUGAAUAGAGCUGAAAAAGCCGAGAACUGAAUCAAAAGUAAGCUACAAGGAACUUGUGCGAGGGGUAGAAGAGAGAGAACACAACUUUAUUGUCGUCAAACUUAAGGAGGUAGGUCAUCUGCCAGGUUGAACCUUGUGGCCACCUCCUCAUACCUUUGUACGGCCUGGAGCUGAACUGCCAGGCUGGUGGAAGUCAGAACUGCCUCCCACCCCUUUGGCAAGGGAGUGGCCAGGAGAUUGGGAGAGCGGGGAUAUUCGCUGCG